CACAGCUUUCUCUCUCCCUCUCUCUCUCACAUACACAUACACACACAAAUACAAAAACAACAACAAUGACUCUUGCCUACGAUCUGCUCAACCCCACUCCUCUCAGAGAGGCUCAGACUCACAAGCUCAAGCGUGUCGUACAAAGCCCAGAUUCAUUCUACAUGGAUGUCAAGUGCUCUGCCUGCCAGACCAUUACCCCUCUAUUCUCUCAUGCUGCCACAGUCGUCUCCUGCCCAAAAUGUAGCACGGUCCUUGCUCAACCUACUGGUGGUCGUGCCCGUCUUUCUGAAGGUGUCUCCUUCAGGAAAAAGGCAGCUUAA